AGACACCAGAGAUAAGGGUAUUAAAGAGGAAGAUGCUGUGACUGAGUGUGUGUCGGUUCUGCUUUUGAUCUUGUUUCUGGUUUUUAAGGAAGCUACAAGGGUCAGAAUCCCAGAGCUUGUCUUCUGAGCAGCCAUGGGACACCGAGGCUUCGGAUUUCCUCCAAUGUUUUUCCUCCUUGGACUGUUCUGGUUUCUACCACCAGCGAGUGACCAGGGGACAAACAGAAUUGGCACAUGUCAGACUGAGACUUUGGGAAGAGAAUUCAUCACCUCCUACAUGGAGGACUGUGGGAACUCUAGUCAAUUUGAAGUGCAAAUUAGUGGCUACUUUGCCUUCACUUCAGUGUCUGUUUCCAUCUCCAAUUACAUGGGUGAUGGGGCAAAGUUUGAGAAGAAGGUUAUGGUAAAUCGGGGAGAGAUGGUGCCGGUCAGGCUACCAGAGUCAGUUGGAAUUAAGGGCACUACCAAGUUCUCCAAAGUGGUCCUAGUCAAGGCUGACAAAGAUAUCUCAGUAGUGUCUGUCAGCAACAAACAUGUGAGUCUUGAGACCACUGUGCUGUAUCCUGUCUCCAGCUUGGGAAAUGAACACUACAUAGUGACUCCCUCUACACAAUCCUUAGAUAGUUACCCAGAGUUCUCUGUUAUGACGUACGAAGACCACAACCUCGUGGAGGUCCAUGUGAAAGGCAAGUUACGUUACGAAACAGGGGUCUACUCCACCGGCAACACACUGAAUAUUACACUCUUCGCUUUCCAAGGCUACCAGUUUCAAGGCAUAGCAGAUCUGUCUGGCACCAGGAUUGUCUCAGAAAAGCCAGUGGCCGUCUUGGUUGGCAAGGUGUGUUUUUGUAAUAACACAAAAUGUAACCAUGUCUUUGAGCAGCUCCUACCAGUUUGUAGCUGGGGUACAAAAUACAUCAUUCCUCCCUUACCCUGGCAGAUAGUAGAUGAAAUGGUCUACAUCACUGCUUCCCAGAGCACAACUGUGUUGUAUCAACGAGGGGAAAAGCCAGAGACUGUUCCUCUAGCCAGAGGCAGUGUACUCCAGCGUCCUGUCAAGCCCUGGAUCCCAGUCUUCAUCUCUGCUAAUGUGGGCAUCCAGGUGGUGUUCUACAGCGUGGGCGCAGCUGUCCCUAAUUCCUCCCACGCCUUCCUGAUGAAUGUUCCAGAUGUUGCCAGUUACUGCCCGAUGUAUUUUAUAAAUUCCCAGAAGGGCUUCAAAAACUUUGCCUUGAUGGUGGCCAAUACAGCAGAGACUGGUGCCAUCAUCCUAGACAAUCAGCCUCUAAGGGAUGUGGUGUGGAACCGAGUCGCUGGCACUGAGUUCGUUUGGGGCAUGCGUCUGCUUGAACCUGCCAUGAGCUCCCAUGCUGUGGAACAUCCCAGCUCUCCAUUUGCGCUCCUGAGUGUUGGCACUGCCGCCAUGGACAGCUAUGGGAUUCCGGGAUUCUGCAGGAAGAAUGUUACCUUUAAAUGCCAGAUUGAGACUCCACAGAUGAAAGAGCAGUUGGAGAUGUGCAAAGGUGUCUUUCUGCAGGGCAGCAACAGUGAAUUUUGCUCCUUUGUGAAUUCAACCUUGGUGAAUUUGGAGACCAUGUGUGCAGAGGACAGAGCAGUAUCGCUGCAGGAAGUUGAUCGCCGGUUUGGUCCCUUGCUGAAUAGCUCCAUCCUCAGUGCUGGUGGGAAGGAGAUCAAGAGGGAGGUGGCGUCUGCCGUGACGUUCCUCCUGCAGAGUGUGGAAUUGGCUGCACUGACGGCUGCUUUGAAGUCUCCAGAGAAUACAACCAAGACCGUGACAACAGAGUCUAUGGCUAUCGAGACGCUCCUCAUUGUCCCGGCUGCAGGUCCCUGUGAUGAGGUCUUCACGCUGAGAGCUCAGGAGGAGACAAUGGACAUUCACUGCGAUACGGUCACCAGAGCAGCGACAGAAGAUUCCUGGGCUGUUGCUUUUAUUUCUUACUCCACCCUGGACUCCAUCAUUAACAAGAGAUUUCUCGACGAGGGAGAUCUAACGGCUGAUGAGAAAUUGAGGAAUUUUCACCUGAAUUCCAGGGUGGUGAGUGGGGCUGUUGGCAAUGGGAGGCUCAUGAACAUCUCCAAACCUGUGAACUUCACCCUGCGCCAUAGACAGGCAAAGAAAAGGGAGGAAGAGGCUCACUGCAUUGACUGGAAAUUCAUCGCUGGGAACGGCAGCUGGGUGGAGGAUGGCUGCAUCACUCUCCACACGAACAGCACUCACACCAUCUGCAGCUGUGACCAUCUCUCCAGCUUUGCACUCCUUAUGGGUCACACUGGAGAUAAAGGGAGAAAACACCUGCUGGGUUUAGAUGACACCAUUAAAUCCCUGACUGAGACUCCACAGAUAAAAGAGCAGUCUGAGACGUGCAAAAAUGGCCCUCUGCAGGGCAGCAACAGUGAAUUUUGCUCCUUUGUGAAUUCAACCUUAGAGAAAUUGAAGACCAUGUGUGCAGAGGACAGAGCAGUAUCGCUGCAGGAAGUUGCUCGUCCCUUUGGUUCCUUCCUGAGUAGCUCCACCCUCAGUGCUGGUGGCAACAAGAAGAAGGAGGAGGAUGUGGCCUCCGCCGUGACGUUCCUCCUGAAGAGUGCGGAACUAGCUGCACUGAUGGCUGCUUUGAAGUCUCCGGAGAUGACGAAACAGAAUGCGACAACACAGUCUAUGGCUAUCGAGACGCUCGUUGUGCCGGCUGCAGGUCCCUGUGAUAAGGCCUUAACGCUGAGAGCUCAGGAGCAGGCAAUGGACAUUCACUGCGAUACGGUCACCAGAGCAACGACAGAAGAUUUUUGGCCUGUUGCUUUUAUUUCUUACUCCACCCUGGACUCCAUCAUUAACGAGAGAUUUCUCAACGAGGGAAAUCUAACGGCUGAUGAGAAAUUGAGGAAUUUUCACCUGAAUUCCAGGGUGGUGAGUGGGGCUGUUGGCAAUGGGAGGCCCAUAGACCUCCUCAAACCUGUGAAGUUCACCCUGCGCCAUAGACAGGCAAAGAAAGAGGAGGAAGAGACUCGCUGCGUUUACUGGAAAUUCAUCGAUGGGAAAGGCACCUGGGCUGAGGAUGGCUGCACUGUUCUCGAGAUGAACAGCGCUUACACCAUCUGCAGCUGUGACCAUCUCUCCAGCAUCGCACUCCUUAUGGAUCACACCGGAGCAGCGGACAGUUACACACUGACCAUCAUCAGCGACGUGGGACUGACCCUCUCCCUGCUGUGCCUCUUCCUCGCCAUCCUCACCUUCCUCCUGUGCCGCUCCAUCCGCAACGUCAGCACCUCCCUCCACCUGCAGCUCUGCCUCUGCCUCUUCCUGGCCCACCUGCUCUUCCUCACCGCAGUGAAGCGCACUGAGAAUCAGGUGGUCUGUGCUGUCAUUGCUGGCUUCCUACACUACCUCUUCCUGGCCUGCUUCAGCUGGAUGUUCUUGGAGGGGCUGCACCUCUUCCUCACCGUCAGGAACCUGAAGGUCGUGAAUUACACCAGCGCCAGCCGGUUCAAGAAGAGAUUCAUGUACCCGUUUGGCUAUGGAUUCCCAGCCCUGGUGGUGGCUAUUUCUGCAGCGGUGAAUCCUGGUGGCUACGGAACUUCCAAACACUGCUGGCUCUGCCUGGAGAGAGGCUUUCGUUGGAGCUUCCUGGGACCAGUCUGUGCCAUAAUCCUGAUAAAUUUAACAUUUUUUCUUGUAACCCUCUGGAUCCUGAGAGACAAACUCUCCUCCCUUAAUGAAGAUGUGUCCACUCUCAAAGACACCAGGCUACUGACCUUUAAAGCCAUCGCCCAGCUCUUCAUUCUGGGCUGCACAUGGAGCCUUGGUCUCCUCCAAGUCGGCCCAGCAGCCACGGUCAUGAAGUAUUUAUUCACCAUCGUCAACAGCCUGCAGGGAGCCUUCAUCUUCCUGGUGCACUGUCUCCUCAAUCGCCAGGUGAGAGAGGAGUACAGGAGAUGGAUUAAAGGCAUAAGAAAACCCAGCCCCACAACUCAAACUUUUAGUCCAUCCGGGUCCACUGUCACUACCAGCACCAAGAUGGCUCCAUGCACCGCUCGCUCUGGAAUGGGCUGGGAAGAUGUUGGAUUUGACACAAAUUCAGUGAAUUGCGGAGAGCCCUCCACUUCAUCCCUGUGAAACAGUCACCUCUCCAACCAACGAUGUUUAUCAUGCAGCCGGCUUUGCUGUGCCAGUUGGGCAGGUGCUUCAGCUGCCAUUCUUCAACGACUACAUACAAAACCUGGAAGGGGAAGCGGGAUUUGACCAAAUCCUCUCUCUGAUCCAAAUCCACAACUCCUACUGAAUUCAAAGGCCACCCUACGGUUGUAUCUGGGUGUCUCUCCCAGAUUUAAAGAGCCAGAUCCCAGAUCAGAGAGCAGUUAUUUCUUAGGGAAAGCACACCGUGCGAGGGGCAAGGGGUGGGGAUGGGGCAAUUUGCAAAGCCGUCGCGUGCUAUGUGUGUGAGCUAGCUCUGCUGUUUCACUGUAAUGUGUAAAGAAUAAAAAACCUGCUUAUGGACCUUGGUUGCUUCUUUGGUUUGAGGGUUUGCUAUCACGUUCUGUGUAUCCUGGAAACCUAGGGCCCAAUUCUAAAGCCUCUUUAUGCCAAUCUGGCAGUGUAAAGGGACUUUAAAGUGGGCAGAAAUGGCCCUGUGAUUAGCCCUCCAGUGCAGGAGUCCUUCCUGGCUUCUGUAGAGCUGGCAUAAAAUCUCUACAUUAGCCCUGCUCCCAGCCCUGGCAUGUGGGUUGUGAGUGGUGGGGUGGAGGUGCUGCUGAGGGAAUGGCUGAAGACAUGGCUUCAUGGCUAUUGUUAUUGAGUAUUAAUCAUUUUUAUGUGUUUUUUUGUGAUUUCAUAGGUAUAUAUAUCCCCUUUUAGGCCCCAAACCAAGCCAGUAGAAAGGUAUAUAAGAUCUCGAGCACCAACGCUGAGCUAAUUAAAACUAUCCUCCCUGUAUCUCUCUGUGAAACGUUUACAAGGGCAACUUGCUAAUUGUACUUGCACAUCCACAGAGAGGGAGUCUGUUCGAGGAGGUGAUAAGAGUGUUAAAACAACUGUGCUCUGGAAUUGGUCUUGCAGAACCCCCCUCCUUCAUUUAGUGUCCUGCUUGUUUUCUACUUCUGUAUCAGAGACGUUACAUAGAUUGAUGGGACUCUGUCACCUCUGAAAAAUAAAAUUGUAAAAUAAGGAUGUCAAGGAAGAGGAGGUAGUAAAACAAAAGUGCAAGAUGUGACUGAAAGAUAAAGAAUGAAUGUGAAUAAAUGCGUGUGAUGCGAAUAAAUAAUUACCAAAUCAAAGGUGCCAGCCUAAGUGUUAUAACUGUGAUAUCCCAUGCCGAAGAAUGCAUAGCGCAGAGAUAACCGGAUGACCCCGCAGGGCAAGCCAGAAUCCACCCAAGUGCCCCCUCCCAAUGGAGGGCUGAAGACUCAAAGAACAAGAUAACACUCAACCGUCAGGGAUGUGCCAUCUGCUGAUUGAUUAUCACUUCACACAAACAUAACUAUAACAACUUCAGUUUGCAGACCGUGUGUGCAUGUAUGGAUGUAUGGAUAGAGGGUUGUCUUUAUAAAUGAUUGAAUUUUGCUUCCUUUCAUAAAUGAACUACUGUUUUGUAUUAACAAUAAAUGCAGCGCUUUUGCC